UCAGGCUAAGCUGUCAAACGCAACUCCAGAGUGCAGACAGAGCAGAGGGAUGCCGCCGGUCACUGACAGCUAAAAUCUCUAAAAACAUUCAGCCUGAAACAUCAGAGGCGCACAGCUUUGAACGGAAGCAGGACUUUUAUUUUGUUGGUCAUCUUUGGCUGCGGUGGUGACACGCUGGGUGUCAUGGACCCGUUUCUGCCUGCAGACACCGAGCUCGUGGACCAAGAAGCAGACAAGGAUGCGAGGCGGAAGAUCCAGUUCUCGGUGCCCUCCGCUGUCCCCACCCAGCUGGACCCGCGACAGGUGGAGAUGAUUCGACGAAGGAGGCCAACACCAGCCACUCUCUUCAGACUAACAGACCCUCCAUCACCAGAAGAAGACUUAGGCCCUCACCAGUGGGUUUUGGGGGAGAACGGAGCUAUAAAAGCCAAACUGGUUCACUCGUCGACCUACCAGCCACCCUCACUGAAAGCUGUCCAGAGGAUGGCCCUGGCCCACCUGUCCUCCCUAGACAUGACUUCCAUGGACAAAGAUGAUGCGUCUUCUGAAGAAGAAGAGGACAAGGAGAGCCAGCAGACAGAUGUAAGAGAAGAAAGCAAACCACUGAGAGGUCAGAGUUCUUCAGUGGACAGUUUGACAGGAUGUGCUGAUCUCAGCCCUCACGCUGGAGAUGGAGAGGAAGACAAAGAAAGAAAGGAAGGAAAGGGAGAAUGACAAAAGAAGAGGACUCAGAGGGAGAAGGGGCUCAGUGUGAAUCAGCCUUGCAUACCACACGUAUGGACCGUGCGUGUGUAUGCAUGGGUGUAUAUAUGAGUGUGUGUUAUGUGGGUAUGUGAGUGUGUGCAUGCAGCAAGAGUUCCAUGUCUAUAAGGGAGAAAACAUUCAGAAAGGUUAGAGUCUUAAUGUGGGGGCAGGAAAUGCUUUAAAGGAAAUCCUUUCUCAGUGAGCUGUGAGGCCAAAUUCAGUCAGCCAAGGACACCAAACAAGGAAGAUAAGAAUUGCAACGAACUGCAGCACUUCCAAUGCAGACAAAGGUGUUUUCAUUUUUAGAUUAAACAAGUUUUAACAGAUUAUUUGUUUUGUACCUUUUGGAUUAUUGGAUUAUUUAUGUGAAGAGUCGGAUUUAUUCACAUUAGGCAAGACUAGUUGGCCUGACUAGUGAGUGCUCUAUGCUGUGCUCAAGCAUGGUGCACUUUCUUGGCUUUGGCACAGAUGGCAGAGACGGGCUUCAGCCCAGCAUAAUUGCCAAGCAAAGGUAUGCAACAUGAACAUAAAAGUAUACUCAAUGCAAAAUGAUGUGUGCCAAUGCAUAAUCAAGAAAUCUAGGAGUGUCAGAGGGCUGUAACCGAACACAAUGAGUCAAAAUAAGCCACAAGUUGAGUAAAGUUGCGGCCAUGUCCUCUGUGUUCAUUGUGCUGACUCCUAACCCUCAAAUACCACAUACUCCUUCUGCGUAGCACACUCUAGAGCAUGUUGCUCCCUUUCUAGGCAAUCUUUUCAAUUCCAAAGCACAUGCUCCGGUCUGUCUCUGGUGCGUGCUAGAAGUGCAAGUCUACUAUGUCCCUCUCAAGAUAAUUACCAGGUCAAUUUUUUUAGAGCUACUGCCAAAAGUUGUCUAUCUAAAUAGAGAUAGACAACCCAAACAGGAAUGAGAAUGCUUUAAGCCAACCUGACACACCAGAAAGAAAAUUGUAUAUGUCCAUUGCGUGAAAUAUAUCUCACAUUCACCUGGGAACAUUCCCAUACUAAGUGUCUGGAAAGGUGAUUGGACGAACACUCUGUCACAUCUUUACGGCCAGUCAGAGCAACAAGACAAGAUGAGGUGCUGGGCAUGAGCAGCUCCAGUUGUAACUUGAGCUUGACAGUAAAAUGCUAUCAUAGAUUGCGGACACUGGAGCUGAAAAGUUUUCAGUGACAGUGACAGGACCAAUCAACGCUGAGGGGCAGUACUUUUGGGCACGGCGGAGUUUGACAUAAGCAAGCAGCGACAAAAGGCCAGUGCAGUUGUGGCGGAAGAGAAUAGCGUGUAUGCUGCUACGGUGUCAGUUUUAUCAGAACUUGAGGACAUUUCUUUGUUAAGAGAAGAACAAAGAACAGCACUGAGUUGUUAAAGUCUACAGUCACCACUCGCC